UCUUGUAUUCUUACAUUAUGUUCCUUUCACGUUUUUCUCGCAGUGUUGCUAUCAGUCGUGCCUUUUACUCAACCGAAGCUCCCGCCAGUUUGAGUGCUGGUGAAAAGCAUAUUUUCCAAAAGCUCACAGAAGCACUCUCACCUCAUAAACUUCAAGUCGCCGAUGUUUCCGGUGGCUGUGGAUCCAUGUAUGCCAUCGACAUUGCUGCUAAAAAAUUCGAAGGAACUAGCAUUGUAAAGCAACACAGAAUGGUAAACGAAGUUUUAAAAGAAGAGAUCAAAGGCAUGCAUGGGUUGCAGCUUAAAACAUCAGCCAAAUAAUAGGGCUUACUACAUCAAUAGACAUUUUUUUUUAUUAUUAUUAAAUUAAGCUACCUGCCCCGAAUUGUGUUCUUUCGGACCUAUCAACUUCUAAUUCGAUUAAAUGAUCUUGCAGGGCAACAAAAAGCUUUCGACAGUCGGGAGAAAAAGUAAAACCAGUGAUUGCACGGUCCUCAUUUUCAGGCGAUAGUCGUACUAUUUGUCUCGUUUCGAAUGUUCGUGUAUCAACAAUGUAAAUGUUAGACACAUGUUCGGUGUAAGCUAGCAGAUCGAUAGGGCCUGAACUAAAUUG